CCGCGAAAGUCGCAAAGUAAACAUAACCUACACCUGGGCAGUAAUAGGUUAAUAACAACACUUUUCCGAUGAGUGGACUAUUAUAAGAAAAGUAACAUACAUAAACAAAAUCUGUGACGUCAAAGAUUUGAAAAUCUUCCCACCUUUCAUUUUCCAUCUCGGAUGGAACCGUCUUAUGUUUAUGUAAUAUUGUUAUGAUUUUGUUCCGAAGGGAAAUCCUGACUAAUAUUCGCCGUAUUUGAGAUUAUCCAAUAUGAGUGCAAUUACUGAUGAGUAUUUAAGAAACGAAUCAAUCGCAUCCCAGCCAUGGCCACAGAAAGCCUUCCUCUACCAGCCCUACGAGGAGGGACAGAUUCUGCUAGCCGAAAAUGCUAGCUGUCUGGCGGUUCGCACAUACCUCACCAUGUUGGAGCUCCCCUUCACGGUGGAACAACGGGCCAAUGCCGAGUUUAUGUCACCGGGUGGCAAACGCACAAAGCUGCCAGUACUGAGGGUGGAGAAUUGCAUUUACGCUGAGUUUGAACACAUUCUUACAUUCGUCGAAUUGAAAGAACUAUCGCUGACAACGCAUUUGGCCCAGGAUGAUAAGGACGAUAUGCGGGCGCAUCUGUGUCUGGCGGAACAGAUAUUUACUAAUGCGGAGCAAUACGUGAGCUGGAUCGACAAGGAAGUCCUGGUGGGAGUAACCCGUCAACGUAAUGGAAGCGUCUAUCCGUUUCCACUGAAUCACAUCCAGAACUGGCGGAAGCAACUGAACGUUCGUAGACUACUUAGCGUUGCCGAGUUCCUGGACAUAACACUGGAGCAAGUGAUCGAUAGGGUGGAGAAGCUUUGCGCGUCCCUCAGCAUGAAGCUGAAUGACAAUGUUUAUUUUUAUGGCAACGAGCCGACAGAAUUGGAUGCUCUUGUUUUUGGGCAUUUGUUCAGCAUUUUCACCAUGACCCUGCCGAACAAUGUGCUGGCGGUGACAAUCAACAAGUUUAGGAAUCUCACCCAGUUCUGUAAGAACAUUGAGGAGAAGUACUUCAAAAAGGUGGAAGGAUCCACCCGGAAGCGUUAGAAUGUGUUGCGUUUUGUUUAGAGAAUUUUCGGAUAAUUAAAGCUGCUUACGGAUAAA